AGAAAAAACACGCAGUAGAAAAGAUGAGAUAAUAUAAUGUGCAUAUCAGGCAGAACAUAAGGGUCGGAAGAAGUCGUUUCUUGGUGGUGCAAAGCGCAAGUAAAGAGCGGGACUUUGACCUUUGAUUUGUGGGCCAAUCAGCGUCGUCGUGACAUGACGUGGGGUUUCCAUUCCGGCUUUGUUUAUUCCAAGUCAAUUUUUUUUAAGUGUAUUUUUUUCGUUACCGACAAAUAAGCUGCCAAACCGCCUGGAGCGACCAACUCACAACAGAAAACCGAUUGCAGCUCUUUCGAUUCGUUGUUAAUCUACAUUGAUAAAAUAUGGGUCACGCUUCACAAGAUCAUACCAGAGAUCCUUGCCCUUGGGUCAUUUUGAACGAUUUGGGUGGUGCUUUUGUUAUGGGUGCAGUGGGUGGCGGUAUCUGGCACUCGGUCAAGGGAGCAAAAAACUCACCAAGAGGUGAACGUAUGCUCGGUGCAGUGUCUGCCAUGAAGGCUCGUGCACCUGUAUUGGGUGGCAAUUUUGCUGUUUGGGGUGGUUUGUUCAGUACAUUCGACUGCGGUCUGAAGGGUAUCCGACAGAAGGAAGAUCCCUGGAAUUCCAUCCUUUCCGGUGCUUUGACCGGUGGUGUGUUGGCAGCUCGUGGUGGUGUCAAGGCCGCCACUGUAUCUGCCGUCGUCGGUGGCAGUUUGUUGGCCGUCAUUGAAGGUAUCGGUAUCGCUAUCACCAGAAUGACCGCUGAACAAACAAGACCUGUCAUGCCUCAACUGUAGAUGCCUUGAUCGCAGUACCCAAAAAGAACUUCAUUACCUUAUAGAGAAAAAUUACCACCCUUUCCCCUUGCACAUGUGUGUAUAUAUAUGCUUUACAGAAAACGGAAAAAAAUAAGUCAGUUUUUUUUUAGACAAACUUUCAUCCAUCAGCAUUUUUUUCGAUAUCACAAAAAAAAAAAAGAAAAGAAUUGACUUUUUUACACACGACCUGGAAAAUCCACUUCAUUCACCUUUCGCUCGCAGGCAGGAAAAAAACAUUUGAGUUGCGAAAAGGAAGUUCAAGAAAAAAACAAGCGCUCACAUCCUCACUACUUUGUUUCGAUGAUCAUGGUGAUCUCUAUUCUUUUCAUGCACGCCAAUCGAACCAACUACGGCUGGCUGGCGGACUGGCUCGG